AUGCAGCACAUUUUAUGCAGGCAGAAGGAACAAUUCAGUAAUGGUGUUGGUUAUAGUUGGAUUGACGACCUUAAAGCUCAUUGUGCAAAACAUGUGACUGAUAGAAUGAUGCUUAAUGCUGGCAAUAUCUACCCCCACAACACCCCAAACACCAAGGAAGCAUACUACUAUAGAAUGAUCUUUGAGAGGUUCUUCCCUCAGAACUCGGCAAGGCUAACUGUUCCUGGAGGACCAACUGUUGCAUGUAGCACAGCAAAAGCUGUUGAGUGGGAUGCUUCUUGGUCCAAGAACCUUGAUCCUUCUGGUAGAGCAGCACUGGAAGUUCAUGAUUCAGCUAGUGAGAACCAGAAAACCUUGGUCAACCAAACUGUAGAAUUUGAGAAGAUUAUACCACUGGAAGCUUCUCCUAUUGAGGUUGCCAUUCAGAGCUAG